CUGAUUCGUGAGGACCGCCUCGCGGAAACAAUAUCAACCUCGGCCGCCAUUGUAGACCGUUCUCCGUGGUAAUUUGACAUUGUCUUUCCAAACAUCACGUCGGAAAGGUGACCGGCGACUGGUGACCCUCUCACAUUACCCCCCCCCGUGAUUAUGGGAUCUAAUAUUUUCCAUCACCCAAACGGCUGGGCCGGCACGACGCCUUGGUGGAAGGAUGCUGUCUUCUACCAAGUCUACCCGGCCAGCUUUUCAGACUCCAACGGUGACGGUUGGGGAGACAUCCCGGGCCUCAUCUCGAAGAUCGACUAUCUUCACCAGCUGGGUGUUGACGUCGUUUGGUUAUCCCCAAUGUUCGAGAGUCCACAGAAAGACAUGGGAUACGACAUAUCGGACUACCAGGCCGUUUAUCCACGAUACGGGACCCUCGAGGACGUUGACCAGCUCACCGAAGCCUGUCACAGCCGUGGCAUGAAGCUCAUUCUUGACCUCGUGGUGAACCACACGUCAGACCAGCACCCGUGGUUUAAAGAGGCCCGGUCGUCCAAAACCAACCCCAAACGCGACUGGUACUUCUGGAAGCCGCCCAGGUACGACAGUGCCGGGAACCGCAGCCCACCGACUAACUGGCGCGGUUAUUUCGCCGGCUCAACAUGGACCUGGGAUGAGCAGACGCAGGAAUAUUACCUGAAUCUGUACGGCCCCUUCCAACCGGACCUCAAUUGGGAGAAUGCCGACUGCCGCGCAGCCAUAUAUGAGGAAGCGAUGCGUUUCUGGCUGGAUCGGGGGAUUGAUGGGUUCCGCAUUGACACGGUGAACAAAUAUUCCAAGCGCAUCGACUUCCCAGACGCGCCUGUCACCUGUCCGACCGUUCCGCACCAGCCGGCGCCGGAGAUGUGGUGCAACGGCCCACGAAUCCACGAGUUUAUCCACGAGAUGCAGACGCAGGUGCUCGCGCCAUACAAAGCCGUCUCCGUCGGCGAGCUUUCUAACACACCCCUGCCGGGGCAGGUACUCCCGUAUGUCUCAGCUGCGGCACGAGAGUUGGACAUGGUGUUCGAGUUCAGCAUGAUCCGCUUGGGAACCGGCAACCUGUUUCACGGCAAGUACAUCUACCAGCCGUUCCCGCUAUCGCUUCUCAAGCAGCAUGUGGCAACGUGGCAAACCUUCAUCGAGGGGACCGACGGCUGGCACACUGUCUUCUGUGAGAACCACGACAAUGGACGGGCCGUGUCGCGGUUUGGGGAUGACAGCACCCCAGAGUUGUGGGAGGCCAGUGCCAAGGUGAUCGCCUUGUGGCAAGCCACGUUGACAGGAACCUUGUUCUUGUAUCAGGGGCAAGAGAUCGGUAUGCGGAACAUGCCGACAGGCUGGGGCAUCGAGGAGUAUAAGGAUGUGGAGAGCCUGGGCUUCUAUAACGAGGCAGUCCAGUCUCGUGACGACGAGCGUGUUCGGGGGACGCUGCAUGGCCUGCGGAUAUUAGCCAGGGACCACUCGAGACUGCCGUUCCAAUGGGACGACUCUCCCAACGCGGGAUUUACAGGCGCCGGCGUCACGCCCUGGAUGAAGGUGCAUGACCAGUAUCGAGAGCUGAACGCUGCGAGCCAGCUGGAAGACGCUGAAUCUGUUCUGCGGUUUUAUGGAAAAGCACUGAGGCUCCGGAAGGAGUAUCGAGACAUUUUCAUCCAUGGGACGUUUCGACUCUUGGCCCCUGAGGAUGAGGCUCUCUUCAUGUAUGUCAAGGAAAGCGAUGUGGAGGUCAACACUGGAGGGGAGGGGGGGAAGAGGAAAGCUCUGGUGGUGAUGAACUUCACCCGCUAUGCUCAGCAAUGCCCUGACAUUAGCGAUGCGCUAGGGUGCUGCACGGGGGAGGAACGUUUGCUUGUGAGCACUCUGAGGUCGGGAAAGUCGGCGCUGGAGAGUGACCGACUGAAGCCUUGGGAAGGAAGAGUGUACCUCAACUUCAAACCUUGAUGUGCUGUAGUACAUAAGGAAUGAGAGCAUGGGGACUGUGAUGUAAACAUGCCCAGCCGUUUAACCAGAACCGCCCGACUGCCCUACUAUUCAUGGUGAAACGGGGCCUUGACAAGUCGCGCCGCGAGCUCCUC